AUGUUUUUAUUCUUGUUGUUGAUUGUCAUUCACACUUUUUUUACAAUCUCAUUUCUUCGUUUCUUUGCUUUUUCACUGUUUUCUUUCAAAACCUUUUUUUUUCUUCCUGUUUUUUUUUCUCUAUCUUCUCUCACUCUCACAAAAAUGCACACACACACACGCAUGCGCAGAGGUAUACUUUUAGAUUUUACAUUUUUUUCCGUCAUAAUUUUUUUGUUGUUCGUUCUUUUCAUUCAUCCAGGUUCUCUCUCUAACUCUCUCUCUCUCUCUCUCUCUCUCUCUCUCUCUCUCUCUCUCUCUCUCUCUCUCUCUCUCUCUCUCUCCCAUGCACUCGCUCCCGGAUCCCCGUUCCCUGCAUGCAUAGAAAUUUUAUCAGUUUUAUACUUCCUUAAUUUUUUAGUGAGGGGCUGCGAUGGGAUCACCUUUUUCUUAGAUAAUAUUUUGCUUCUCCUUUCAAACUUUAUUAUCAUACUCUCUCUCUCUUUCUCUCACUCUGCCUCUCUCUCUCUCUCUCUCUCUCUCUCUCUCUCUCUCUCUCUCUCAAACACACACACAGACGUUCUUUUCUUAAUUUCUUUAGAUUUUCAUUGUUUUCUUGCUCAAAUCGUUUUUCUUCUUCUUUCUCUGAAUUUUGAUUGUUUUCUUUCUCAAAUCACAUUUUUCUUCUUCUUUCAUCUCUGA